CACACACACAAUCUUGUGUAAGUAGAAAAUUCCUUGCCUUUUGUUAGUUGUUUACAUCUCUUGUAAGAUGGCUCCUAUCUUAGGGAAAAGAAAGCACUUUCCACUGUCAAAGCCUCAAUUUGGUCACUAGGGGUGGAUACCAUCUUAUUUCUCAAAUGUUAUCCUGAACAUUUCACACCUUUGCUAAGUUAAAUAGAAGAAAGCAGGGUCUAUUUAAAUGAAAAAUCCCAGGUCUUGACCUUCAGUGCUCAAAAUUUUCAAAAACAAAAAGAAAGAAAUCUAAGAUAGGAGUAUUUAACUCUAUGAAAGAAAUUUUCACAUACUGAGGUCUGAAGAAGUCACUCUGGAUAGCACACAAGUUUUUACCUUGGCUAAAAUGCCCAGUUUGUGGAUUAUCCAACACAUAUUGUACAUCUGCUUUAUUAACGGGCUCAUUAACUUAGAAGUAAUCUGAUGCCUGAGCAACUAACACUUAACAAGGCUGUCCAUGAUAAAGACAAAAAUUCAUUGUCUCCCCUCCUGGGAGGCCAAUGCUGUUACUCCUUCAGUGAUGACUCCCUUUCUACGUAUCAAGGCAAUAAUAACUUCCUGUGUUCCAAACUGAUCUAUUUUUUUUGAAACCUUGAGGGAAUAGAUCCCUGACUUAUUGAAUGUUUUGCUCUGACACAACUAUGCUGAAAACCAUACUUCCCCUCAGGACUUCCUCAGAGUUACCUGAGACGCUAUCUUCUGGACUUGUACUUCUGGCUCAAAUAAAACUCUUCUGUAUUCCCAUGAGAGAUUAUUUUUUUCCAUUGACAAGUCCAUAUUUCCAAGAGGAAAUAAACGGUAAAUAAUGAUAGUGAUAAUUAAACAAAUCACGCUAAUAUCAAAUUUAUCUUACAUCACAGACAGUAGAAACACCACUUUGGCUUCUUCCUCCGAUUUUUUCCUUUAUCAGAAAGACGCACACUCCCUGCCACUAACGGAGUGUUUUCAACAAAAAGAGAGAUCUAGAUUUCUUUCGGUGAAGCAUUAGCGUAAAGGUGGCGUUCCUUCGACUCUACAGGCGUUCUGUGCUAUUACGGGCUUGAAUUGACCAAACCCAAAAACUCCAAGAGGGACGUCCUCUUUCGUGGCCGAGGACGCGAAUGAACCUUGGGGGCGUUACCAGCUCCCUCAAGGUCCUGAGAGAAAAAUCUGCCGGUUGAGGACGCUCCUCUGCAGGAGCGCGCCACGGCCUCCUGCGCUCAGUCUGGUACAUUUCGUCCAAAGUGCCCACCAGCCCUGCUCCUCGUUGAACUGGAGUGAAAGCUGCCGCUGCUCCCCCCGAAGACGCCGGGGCGACCCGUUAGCCGAUUGGGCGGCCUCGCGUCCUCUAGCCCGAGCCGCGCCCAGGAGCGGGUGGGGGAGGGGCGGCGGCGCUCGCGCUGCGUCGAGUUUCCCAGAAUUCCCAGCGGCCGCAGGGAAAGUUUACGGGACGUAGGCGGCGACAGCGGCGGCCGCAGUAGCGGUUACUAGGUGGCCAGCAGCGGACCAUGGCCCUGGCCGGGCGUUCCUGGCUCUUUUCUCGGAGUCCUCGGGCAGCGACGCGGAGCCGGCAGACUUCCGGGAAGGAACUGACAAGCGCUUGAGCGGUGACCGGCGCGCUUAGCGCCCCGAACAUGCGGCAGUCCUUGUGGGCAACCCCGGGCUGCGGAGAGGCGGCGGCGGCGGCGGCGCGGGAGGGAAGGAGGCGGCGGCGCCGGCGAAGGUGGCGGCGGGGACGCCCGGCGUCCGGCGCGGAGCCUUAGGGCGGUUGCUUGGCGUGGCCUGGGGCCUUGUGGUCAAGGAUGCUGUCCCGAAAGAAAACCAAAAACGAAGUGUCCAAGCCGGCCGAGGUGCAGGGGAAGUACGUGAAGAAGGAGACGUCGCCUCUGCUGCGGAAUCUUAUGCCUUCUUUUAUCCGGCAUGGUCCAACAAUUCCAAGACGAACUGAUAUCUGUCUUCCAGAUUCAAGCGCUAAUGCCUUUUCAGCUUCUGGAGAUGGAAUAGUUUCAAGAAACCAUAGUUUCCUUAGAACUCCAAUUCAAAGAACACCUCAUGAAAUGAUGAGAAGAGAAAGCAACAGAUUAUCUGCACCUUCUUACCUUGCCAGGAGUCUAGCAGAUGUCCCUAGGGAAUAUGGCUCUUCUCAGUCAUUUUUAACAGAAGUUAACUUUCCUCCCGAAAAUGGAGACUCUGGUUCCCGAUAUUAUUAUUCAGAUAAUUAUUUUGAUGGUCAGAGGAGGCGCCCACUUGGAGAUCGUGCACAUGAAGACUAUAGGUAUUAUGAAUACAACCAUGAUCUCUUCCAAAGAAUGCCACAGAAUCAGGGGAGGCAUGCUUCAGGUAUUGGGAGAGUUGCUGCUACAUCAUUAGGAAAUUUAGCUAACCAUGGUUCUGAAGAUUUACCCCUUCCUCCUGGCUGGUCUGUGGACUGGACAAUGAGAGGGAGGAAAUAUUACAUAGAUCACAACACAAAUACAACUCAUUGGAGCCAUCCUCUUGAGCGAGAAGGACUUCCUCCAGGAUGGGAACGUGUUGAGUCUUCAGAAUUUGGAACCUAUUACGUAGAUCACACGAAUAAAAAGGCUCAAUAUAGGCAUCCUUGUGCUCCAAGUGUGCCUCGGUAUGAUCAACCUCCUCCUGUUACAUACCAGCCACAGCAAGCCGAGAGAAAUCAGUCCCUUCUGGUACCUGCAAAUCCUUAUCAUACUGCAGAAAUUCCUGACUGGCUUCAGGUUUAUGCUCGAGCCCCUGUGAAGUAAGUGAAUUUACAGCACAGAUUUUUGUUGAGGCAUGAGUGGAAGGCUGAAGGGAGUCUCUGGGCUGCUUAAACCACACAGCACUGUGUUUUUUUCUCUUAAUGAUAUUGGGCUUUUAUUCAAAAAAAGGAUAUCACAGCUUAUAAAGUUUAAAAGUCAUUGAUUAGAAAUAUAAGUUUUACAAACAUUUAUUGCAUCUUCACUUUCUGUUAAUGUGCAGUCCUGAGCUGUUACAUAGAGAUGCAGUGAAAAGCUUACAUUCUCAUACGGGUAGGAUAACUUGCAAAUAAGUGAUACAAUGCCUUGUGAUAAAAGGAAGGACCUGGGUAAGUCCUCGGUACACAGGUGAAACCAAGCAAGACACAGGGGUGUUGAGGAAAUAUUAUGUAUGGUGAUUCAGGUUGUGGGAUGAGAUGAUUUGUGUUCACUGAUAUCUUAGCUUUGUUACUCCGGGCAGGGUGCUUAACUUAGUUUUGUCCUCUGUUAAUUGGAGAUAGUAAUAGUAUCUACUCUUAAGGUUAUUAAGUAUUCAAUAAAAUAAUGCAUCUAAAAUAUGUGUCACACACAUUUUAGUGUCUUGCACAUUAAAAGAACUCUUAGUAAA